AUGUCAACAUUUAGUUCUGAUACUUCAGGAUUAUUAACAUCAACUAAUAAUAAGACUAAGAAAGAAUGUUUUAAUUUCGAACCACAACAAUGGCGUAAAUCUGUUUGUAAAAAUUGUUUUCGUACACAACCUGAACAUCAUAAGUUAAUUAGUAAUAAUUUAAAGGAUGAAAUGAAUUCAACUUUGAAAUCUCAAUUAUCAUUUGAUAGUAAUGUGAAUAUUAAUAAUAGUAAUAAUAAUAAUAAUAGUAAUAUUAGUGGAGUUGGUUGUGCUGUUGUGUCUGAUAAUACUACUAAUACUUCUAUUAGUAGUAGUACAACUAAUACUACUACUACUUCUACUACCGUUAAUAGUAGUUGUGACACUAAGUCACGUGAUUCAUCAAUUAGUAAAAAUAACAAUGGAUUAUUUGGUAGUAAUGCAGCGGCUAGAGCUGCUGCAAGAAAAAUUGCAGUUGGACAAAGAUAUUCCGAUUCAGAUGUUCGUAAUCAUGAAUUAAGAAAAUCCACUAAUCUUGCGAAUACAACAAUUGGACAAUCACAACAGCAACCACAACAACAACAAUCCACAAUUGGUAUUAGUCAUUCAUCAGCAUCAAGUAUUGAUGCAAGAUAUGUGGAAGAAUUAGAAAAUGAUUUUUUUGCAUUAGAAGAUAAACAUGAAUUAUUAUUAAGAGAACGUGAUGAAUUAAAUAUAGAAUUAGAAGGGAAAAUUCGUACCAUUAGUGAAUUACAAGCUACAUUAGAUCAAUAUCAAGAAGAAGUGAAAAGUUAUCGAGAACGUUUAAAACUUCCAGAAAGUGAUCAGAAUCAUUCACCGAAUACAAUCAUUUUGGAACAACAUCAACAUCAACAACAACAAUAUUCAAUUGGUCCUACUGAUAUUCAUUGUAGUGCAGAACUUCAACAACGUCUUAAUGAAGUGGAACAAUUAUGUCAAGAGGUUAUGGAAGAGAAUGAACAAUUAAAAGAGGAUGUUGAAGAAAUGCAUCGAGAAAUUGAAGAGAUGCAUGAUCAUUUUCAAGUGAUUUUUUCAUUGCUAUUAAAGAUGUUUUUUUGA